AUGAAGAAGAAUGAUGGUUUAGGGUGGAUUCAGUGGAUGAGAGGAUGGUUUAAUGUUGUGCAAGAGAUUCUUUUGCAGAGAAUAAUGGCUUCUCACUUACAAAUUCCAUUUCAUCUUCCUCCUUUAAACCACUUAACUUGUAUUGUCACUGGCUCAACUAGUGGCAUUGGCUCCGAGACCGCUAGGCAACUUGCAGAGGCUGGUGCUCAUGUUGUUAUGGCGGUUAGGAACAUAAAAGCAGCUCAUGAGCUGAUUCAACAAUGGCAGACCAAGUGGUCUGCUAGUGGUGAGGGACUCCCACUUAAUAUUCAGGCAAUGGAACUUGACCUUCUCUCUUUAGAUUCCGUCGUCAGAUUUAGCAAUGCGUGGAAUGCACGGCUAGCCCCUUUGCAUGUUCUGAUUAAUAAUGCCGGCAUGUUUGCUAUGGGAGGGGCACAAAAAUUCUCAGAAGAUGGAUAUGAACAGCACAUGCAAGUGAACCAUUUAGCUCCAGCUCUGCUUUCACUACUCCUUUUGCCUUCGCUUAUCCGAGCUUCCCGGAGUCGAAUCAUUAAUGUUAAUUCUGUUAUGCAUUAUGUUGGUUUUGUUGAUCCAAAUGAUAUGAAUUUUGUUUCUGGUAAACGAAAGUUUUCAAGCUUGAGCGCAUAUUCUAGCAGCAAACUCGCUCAGGUUAUGUUUAACAAUGUUCUUUUAAAAAAACUGCCUUUGGAAACCGGCAUUAGCGUCGUUUGUUUAUCUCCUGGUGUUGUCCAAACUAACAUUACAAGAGAUCUUCCAAGAUUGGUCCAAGAUCUUUACUCAGCCUUGCCUUAUUUCAUCUUUUCACCACAAGAAGGUUGUAGAAGCUCGCUUUUCUCGGCGACAGAUCCUCAGAUUCCAAACCAUUACCAAAAGCUAAAAACCAAUGAGAAAUCUGUUUGCACAUUAUUCAUAUCUCUAAAUUGCAAACUCACGAAUUGUUCUGAAGAAGCUCAAAACGUUGAAACAGCUAACAGAGUUUGGGAAAAGACAUUAGAGUUGAUCGGUCUUCCUUCUGAUACAGUGGAAAGGCUUGUGGAGGGAGAAGUGGUCAAGUGUCGUUAUCGAACUCGUUAA